CCUCAUGGAACCAAGCACACCCUUGUGACACAGCGGGGGCUCAUGGAACCAGUGGUCCAUUGUGACACUGCCAAUUCAAGAAAACCAUGGCGACACCAUGGAACCUCAUGGAACAGAGGAUCCAUGGUGACACAGCAGAGCCACAGUUGCAGCAGAAGCAGCGGCAGCAGCGGCUGCAGCAGAAAAAGAAGCGACUUUGUCGAGUCCCUCUUGCUCUUCCUCUCCCUCUCCCGCUGUCCCGCACCUUCUCCCGCUCUCCCUUUCCCGCUGUCCCCUCCUCUCCCAGUCUCUCUCUCCCCCUGCCGGGCCGAGCCAUGCCCCCGACCCGCCCCCGGCCCCGGGCGGGGCUGCCCCGUCCCCGGCCCCGUCCCCGUCCCCAUCCCCGUCCCCGUCCCCGUCCCCGUCCCCGUCCCCGUCCCCGGCCGUCCCGCCGCGGUCUCGCCCCCGCCCGGCUCUGGCCGUGCUGGCGCUGGCGCUGCUGGGCGGGCAUCAGUGCCUGGGGCUGGGGCGGCAUCGCCUCCCUUUGGCUCCGCCUGGCCCGAGCCCGGCCCCGGCCCCGACGUGGGCUCCAGUCCCGGCCCCGGCCCCGGCUCCUCCCGGGCCCCGCGGAGGACACAGGCGGCGCGGCCGCUGCCGCCGCCUCCGCUGCGGCUUCCCCGGCCCGAGCUCCGCCGCUCGGCAGCGCGGCCGCCGGCCCCGAGCCGCCGCUGUCCCGUUGCCAGCAGAGAACGCCUGGGGAUGGCCGGCCCGGGGCGCUCAGGGGGCGCUCGGGGGCCGCUCCUGGCCCCGGGCCGAGCGCUGACAGCCGCGUCCCGCCCGCAGGGAAGGCGCAGGAGGCCCUGCAGGAGCGGUACCGGCUGGGUUCGCUGCUGGGCAGCGGCGGCUUCGGCAGCGUCUUCGCGGCCACGCGGCUCUCGGACGGCGCCCCGGUGGCCAUCAAAAGGGUGCCGCGGGAUCGCAUCCGGCACUGGGGCGAGCUGCCCGACGGCACCAGCGCACCCCUGGAGGUCGUGCUGCUGGACAAGGUGGCCUCUGGCUUCCCCGGUGUCGUCCAGCUGCUGGAGUGGCUUGAGCUCCCCAACGACAUCGUGAUGGUGCUGGAGCGCCCAGAGCGGUCUCAGGACCUGCACCAUUUCAUUCGGGCACGGGGGUUCCUGUCCGAGGAGGAGGCGCGGGGGCUGUUCCGCCAGGUGCUGGAGGCCGUGCAGCACUGCACCAGCUGCGGGGUCCUGCACAGGGACAUCAAACCAGAGAACAUCCUGGUUGACCUGGCCACCGGGCAGGCCCAAUUGAUCGACUUUGGCUGUGGCACCUACCUGCAGGACACAGCCUACACUCACUUUGCAGGAACACGGUCAUACAGCCCCCCGGAAUGGACCCACGCUGGCUGGUACUAUGGCAAGCCAGCCACCAUCUGGUCCCUGGGCAUCCUGCUGCACCAGAUGGUCUGCGGGGAGCACCCUUUCAGGAGGGGCCGGAACAUCAGCUGGGACCAUCAGCUCUCGCUGCCACAACGGCUCUCUCCAGAGUGCCAAGAUGUGAUCAGGAGGUGUUUAUCCAUGCUGGACAUGGAAAGGCCCUCGUUAGAAGAGCUGUUCUGUGAUCCCUGGAUGCAGGAUAUUCACCUGCCCUAG